AUGACACGGGGACUCCGCGUCCGGGGUUCAGUGGAGGGUCAGGGCGGCGGCGGCGAUGCUGGCGGCGGCGGCAGCGGCGGCUGGGCGAUGCUCAGCCCGGCAGCGGCCUCCGCCGCAGGCGCUCAGCGUCGCAGCGGUAGCGAUCUGACCGGUCACAACUGGGCAGCGGCGGCGGUGGCGGCGACGCCGGCGGCGGUAGCCUCGCCGGCACCUUCGAGUCGGUCGUACCGCAGCGGCGGCGACGUGGGGCCCGGUGGCGGUGUGACGGGCGGUUUCUUUGCACCGGUGUCGGGAGGACCACCGUCAGUGUCUGGUGCGUCGCAGCGCAGCGGUGCGGCCGCUAGCGGCGGACUGGAAGACCGCAUGUACGGCAGUGUAGCAUCGCCGGCGGCUCAGUCGCACCGUAGUGCUUUUAGCAACGGAGCAGCUUCGCCGGCGGCUCAGUCGCAGCGCAGCGGCGUAGGUGGCGGUGGUGGGUAUGGCGGCAUGGCUGCGUCAACAUCACAGUCCCUGCAUAGCGCCGACUUUGCCAACCUGCGUGGCUGGAAUAUGCAGGACGUAUUAGCGCGGGAGAUGUCCCUCUUCCUGAGGGGCAUACCGGGGGCCCAGGUGUUGCCUGUGUCCUGCCAGCCAGGCUGUUUAAUGGUCGGGGUGUUGAGGGGGGUGGUCUCAUAG